GAGCACAUCCGCUGCACAGCAUUCUCCCUCUUCCUUGCCAGACAACCCCGUGCUUCGUUAUUUAUCUUUGUUUGAUUAUUGAAUGCUUUUUUUUUCUUUUUCGAAGGCCUUCGAAGGGUUCCUGGACCUCCAGCCGCUUUGCCAAGCGUGUGCGGCAUCGCACGAGCGAAGCAUCGUCGAGUCGAAGCCGUCGCGCGUAUGAAGCAUCUCCGUUCGCGCGGAAAUUAGAAAAUUCUCCGCGAAUCAGUUCGACUCAGUGCGACUCCGUGCGACUCAGCACACAGCCCGCAAUAGUCUCCACCAGCGUCCAAGAACGGCGUCGAUGGCAGCGACAGCAUGCCGGGUUCUUUUAGGCUUAAGGGAGAGACGGGGGACUUUCGGGAGGAUCGUAUGUAGCCCCGAACCUCGUUCCGAGUAACACUCUGGAUUUAAGAACUCUACUUGGUAAACUUCACUCCGUCGGCGGUGGCGACACUCGCUCACGCGUCAAUGCACCCUGGCCAGUAGCCGCGGAAGCUUUCCGAGGCUUCAGUAGCAGCGCCAUAAACAGCAGCCGCCGCAGAAGCAGGCAGCAGCAGAAGUAGAAGCACGCGAGACAGAAAUAGUAAGGGCGAGGAGAGGAGGGAACGAAGGCCAGGAAAUGAAGGGAGGUGGGAUGGCCGAACGAGGGGGUCAUGAGGGCGGCGAGGGUCGGAACGAUGGAGGAGAAAAGCUGGGUCAAAGGAAUGAAGGGCUGCUGGAAGGGACAGGGGUGACCGGCGAAGUAGUGGAGCGAGAGGGAGAGAGCGGGGCAGAGGAGGUGGCGGAAGGGGAGGGGGAGACGGAAGACGAACAAGAAGAGGAAGCAGAGGAGGAGGAAGAAGAAGAGGAGGAGGAGGAGGAGGAGGGGCCUGGUACCGACUUAGUGUGUGAUGGAGGGCCAGGCGAGGACGAGGACGCAGAGGGCGGCGUGCCGGCCUGCCAAUCGUUCGUGUCCACGUCAUCAGCGGGCAGUCGCAGCCUGUGCCUGGGCCCCGGGGGAGUGGCCAUGCACGCUGCACUGCACAACGGAGCACGGAAACAGCAGGAGGUAGAGCGAGGACAGGUGCAGGAGCAGACGAAUUUGCAGCAGCAGCAGCAGCAGCAGCAGGAGAGAGGGAAUAGGAUAAGCGAUGCACACGUAGGAGCGGGAGUGAGCAGAGCAGAGAGCAAAGGGAAAAAAGCACAGCAGGCACAAGGGAAGGCGGAGCCGCGGGUUACAAGCGAGCUAGCGAGGCAGUUCUUAGCGGAGAUAAGAGUUGCGGUAGGGAAAGGGGCUCCGUUUGCAGCGGGGAGUGCAGAUCGAGCAGAGGGAAAGAAGGAUAGGCGUGAGAGAGGGGAAGGGGAGGAGAGGGGAGACGAGAGGGAGGAGAAGGGGCGGAGUAAGGCGAGGAAAGAGAGGAGGUACAGUAGUGCAGGGAAGGUGAUGCAGCGAGAAAGGGCGAGCAGAGAAAGCAAGGAGAGCAAGGAGGGACUAAGGAGAGGGCAUGCACGGCAUAUGAGUGCCAACAUUGCCACUGCUGCUGCUCACGUGCCCACUGGCCUGUGGCUGAGCUCCAGUGGGGUGCCCACCCCUGCUGUCUUUGCAGCCUCCGUUGCUGCUUUCAUGGUCGCACCUGCGCCUGCGCUCCCACCUGUUGCUGUUAUGCCCACAGCGCCUACUGCAGCAGCACCCGCAGCAGCAGCAGCAGCAGCAGCUAUUACGGCUGCAGCUGCUAGUGCUGCUUUGCCUGUCUCUUCACCAUCCAACGCCCCCACUCUCUCGGCUCCUCACUCCUCUCACCAACUGCCCUCUCUCCCUGCACGUUCCUCACACAUUGCUUCCCCCCCACCCCCCUCCCUUGCCCCAAACCCUUCCUCCCGCUUCCCACGCUCCUCCUCCUCCUCAUCCCCCCCCCCUCCGCGGUCCUUUGCCGCAUUUCCCCGUUCCUCCUCCUCCUCCUCCCCCUCCUCCCCUCCUAGUUCCCGCCUCCCUCCCCUACGCCCGCCUAGUGCUCACAAAUUCUCCCCUCGCUCCAGCCCCAAUACGAAGGUGACUACCAGACACUACCCCGCCACUGAUAACCCCAAGCCCGGCUGCACUCCAUCCACUGCAACCCGGGCUCUGAUCCCAUUAGAUCCCAGCAUGCCUGUUUCUCUACUGUCUGGCUAUGGCCCGCCACACACGGACGUUCCAAGGCAUAAUGCACUUGAGUCAGAUGCCAUUUGCAUUAUGGCAACCACCACCACCUCCACCACCACGACGACCACCAGGACCAUCACCAUCACCUCUCCUACCUUCACCGCUACCCCAGUUCCUCUCUCCCUCUCCCCCGACCUCCUUUCGUCUUUCGACCACUCUGAUCCUGACCAAUACCCUGCUCUCCCCAACCUUCCUCCCACCUCUCCUCCUCCUCCUCCACUCCAACCCUCACCUUCCCACCACCAGCCCUUCCCUAUACCGUCACCUCUCCACCCAUCUGCUCCCACUGACUCUUCCCCGGCGUCUGAGUUCCCUCCUGGGUCUGUGGCUCGGCUGGCACUGCCAUACAGGGCGCUGGUGCCCGGUAGUACAGCAGAGGGAUUUGAUGGGCUAGGAGAGAGGGCGGUCAGGGGCAACCUGGGGCCUGUGUUUAUUCACCAGCACGAGUGGGAAGGGGGCAGGAGCGGCGAGGGUGAUGCGGGAGGGGAAGGCGGAGAGGGUGAGCGUGUGGGGCAAGAUGUGGGGGAAGGAGAAGGAGGACGGGUGGCGGAAGCAUUUUCAUUCCAGGGGGGUGGGGGUGGAUUUGAAGGGAGUAGGCGGGGAGACGGGUGGAGAGAUGGGGAAGAAGGAGGUGGGGUGUUCGGAGGAAUGUUUCCACAGCAGCAGCAGCAGCAGCAGCAGUUGGGAAUGGGCAUGAUGACAUCAGGAGCAGGGGGAGCAGGAGGAGCAUUAGGAGCGGCGGGAGCAGGAGGAGACGGUGAUGCAUCGUUCUCGUCGUCGCUGUCCUCACCUUCCUCUGUGUCCUCGUCCUCCUCGUCAUCCCUCUCCGCAAGGCCCAGGGCGGGGGGACGAAGAAGCACCCCAGCAGCUGGAGGGGCAGCAGCAGCAGCAGCUUCAUCACCAGCAGCAUCACCAGCAGCAGCAGCAGCAGCAGCAGCAGCAGCAGCAGCAGCAGUGCAUGAUUGGCAGGAGCAAGAGCCACGACAGGGGGUAUUUAUAUCUUGUGCAUCGCCUUCAUCGGCACCCUCAUCCUCCUCUUCCUCCCCAUCCUCCUCUCCAGCCCCCACAGCAGCAACUGCAUCAACAGCAACUGCUGCAAUAGCCGCCACCACUGCUGCAGCAGCUGCCGCAGCAGCAGUGGAGGGAUCUCUGAGAGAGCGAGCAGGGGCAGCAAUGGACCCUGUCGAACUCUUAAAGAGUGAGAUGCUUAAGGGAGACCCUGUGGGGAUCCUCGCUGCUGCAGAGGUUAUCCGACACUUAGCUAAGCGCAGCGCCCGGUGGCGCGAGCACAUCACAGUGGCCGGCGGAAUCCCGCCGCUGCUCGCUCUGCUAAAAGCCGCGCGGCACCCAGCGCUAGUGGAAAGCGCAGCAGCCGCCGUCAGGAACCUGGCAAUCGAGGAUGUGAGCCGGAAGCUUCUGCAAGCAGUAGGCGCAGUGGGGCCGGUCAUAGAUGCUCUGGUGGAAGCAGGGGGAGGGGACAUGCGGGAGGAUACGAGCAGCCAGGGCAGUGAGAGGGACAGUGGGAGUGCGGGGAGGAGAGGUGAGCACAGGAGGAGGGGUUCUUCUCAUGGGGAGGGCCGUUUUGGCAGUCUUUCUGCAGCCGGAGCUGCAAGCACAGGUGGCGCUGGUGGCGCUGGUGGUGCUGGUGGUGGUGGUGGUGGCGGUGCUAGGGACAGUGGUGGCGAAGCUGCUGGAUUUGAUGCUGCUGGGCGUGGUGAUGCUCCGGGUGGGAUGGGGGGUGUGGUGUUGGAGGUACGGAACAACAACAGCAGCAACAGCAGGAACAGCAGGAGCAGCAGCGGCGACAGCAGCAGCAAGAGGCCACCUCCUCCCAGUGGGGCCGGCACGAGGGUCCUCAAGGACCAGAAUCAAGGCAGCACUGCUGGUCCCUCCGCUGCUGUAAAUGCUGCUGCUUCUGCUGGGGAUCAUGAUGCUGAUGCUAGUGCUGCUCCACACAGUGACACUAGUGCUAGUGCUCCUGCUCCUCCUGCUGCUGCUGCUGCUGCUCGUUGUUCGAGCUCCUCUGGAAGCACCCCACCCCCUCGCCUUGCCAGCGCAAUGCAAGCAUCCCUCGGGGUGCUUGCCAGCGGCACCGGCAGCAGCAGCUACGGCAGUGGUGGCAACGAGACAUGCUUCGCCAUCCAGGAGCACGCAGCGGCCAUUCUCUUCAGCCUGGCAAAGAGCGACGACAUGAAGAAGGAGAUCGGGCGCCUGGGCGCCAUCCCCCCUCUCGUCCGCCUCUUCGCCUCCACGUGCCCCGCACUCCCCCUCGUCUCCCCUUCCUUCUCCUUCCACGUCUCCCCUGCCCCGCCGCAUCCCCUCCCUCCUCACAGCAUCUCCCUCCGCGUCCUCUACUACCUCUCCGUCUACCGCCCGAACAAGGCCCUGAUAGUGUCCGCAGGCGCUGUUCCGUGCCUGCUCUCGGUGGUGCGGGAGCAAGAUUCGAAGUCCAUGCUAGCAGAUGACUGCGUGCUGCUGCUCUCAUCACUGGCGUCCGUGCGGGAAGGGCAAGAGGCUAUUGUGGAGAGCGGAGGAAUUGCGGUGCUCGGGAGAGUGCUGGAGGAUGGGACUAUGCUGGGCAGGGAGAAUGCCGGGGCAGCGCUGCUGCUGCUGGCAAAGGCAGAAGCGGAGUGGUUGAGGGCUAUUGUGGCAGAAGCAGUGCUGCCGGCUCUGAUAGAGGUUGUGGAUGGGGUGGGGCAGAGCAGCCGAGCUCGGACUAAGGCUCAGGAGCUGCUGAAUCUGGUGAGAGGAGCCCAGCGGCGGUCGUUUACGGUGCUGGAUAAAGUCAAGCAGCAGCUGAAAAGCAAUCCUCAGUACACCGUGCAGAUUGACACGUCUACCCCUGCUGCAAGCUCCGGUGUUUCUUCCCCUGCUUAUCCUCCUCGUGCUGCGCACUAGACUGGAGUUUCCAAACCACAUGAAUAGCAAAGGUUGCGGCACUAGCAAUAGUGAACAUUUGUUGUAGAUCCUAACCUCGUGUCUGCUUUCCAUAUGUAGUACAAGCAGGUACACUCCAGCCGAAGGAUUAUGAAC